AUGGCACAAGACGUUUUGAUAAACGAAUCACGAGACAACGUGAUUGCAGCAACAAUCAUCACCAGCCCCGCGGCCGGACGGCUUGCUCACAUUCCACGGAUCACGACUGUCGUCUUUCACCCUGCGCCGCAAGCCGCGCCGAGGAUUCGGCGUUCGAUUGCCGUUCGUAUAGCUCCGACGACCUCGCGUUUUGUCCUGCUACGGAACGUUCGGCGCUACACAUUCCCUGGCCCGUACUCGUGGGUUUCCGUCUCCAUUUCCAGCUCUCUGGCCCGCGGUUACGACGGCGCGUGCCCUAUCCGACUCGCGAGACGACCGGGAUUUUCGGAAGAAGAUUCUCCGAUUCAACGCGUUUCCGCUAAUCUCGCUCGGGAACUGCCCUAA